AUGUCAGUCACUGCUAAGUUUGAACUGAACUCACAGGCCGCACUGAUUCAUGGGCCGGAUUUGACCGCCAGUCGAGUUACAUCUGCUAAGAUCAGUGGGGUCAGAGUUCAGCUGGAGAUGCACGCACUUUGGCUGCAGUUCGACCAGCUCGGCACGGAGAUGAUAGUCACCAAAGCCGGACGGAGGAUGUUCCCAGCGUUCCAGGUGAAACUAUCAGGGAUGGAUCCUGCUGCGGAGUAUGUUCUGGUCAUGGACUUUAUCCCUGUAGAUGACAAAAGAUACAGAUAUGCAUUCCACAGCUCAUCCUGGUUGGUGGGAGGUCGAGCAGACGUUGCAGCUCCGAGCCGUAUGCACUUCCACCCGGACUCACCGGCUCGUGGGGCCCAGUGGAUGAAGCAGACUGUGUCCUUUGACAUGCUCAAACUCACGAACAACCUGCUGGAUGACAACGGACAUAUGAUAUUGAAUUCCAUGCAUCGAUACCAGCCACGCUUGCAUGUAGUGUAUGCAGAUCCAGCCCGCGACAGUCAUCUAAAUGCCAAUAGAAACUUUUGCUCCUUCUUCUUUCCCGAGACACGAUUCAUGGCAGUCACUGCCUAUCAAAACCACAGGAUCACACAACUGAAGAUUGCCAGCAACCCCUUCGCCAAAGGCUUCAGAACAACAGAGACGCAGGAUUGGGGGGACAAAUCCAGGCCUCUUGUAGAGUGGUGUUCACCAGAAGACAGAGCUGACGACACUGUCGGAAAACGAAUAGCUGACCAGGGCUUAAAAGAGUCCCACGGGGUGAUGCUGGGGCUGGGGCUGUGCGGGAUUUGGGGAUGCAGCAGGGCCGGAGGAGGAAGAUUGGGAGGUGAAAGACUGGAAAGGCGGCGAAAAGAAUGA